ACACACACACACACACACACACAGAGACAUAGGCAGAGGGAGAAGCAGGCUCCAUGCAGGGAGCCUGAUGCAGAACUCGAUCCUGGGACUCCAGGAUCACGCCCUGGGCUGAAGGCAGGCGCUAAACCACUGAGCCAUCCAGGCGUCCUGAGCGGGUAUCAGUUUUAAGCAUCCAGCAACUAUUACUCACCCCAAUGGGAAGGAGAGAGGUGGAAGAUUGUAGCUUGCAGCCAGAGGGGACUGAAGCUUAGCCAGGGCUCCACACCUGGAUGAAGCAAUCUAUCUGGCUUCACCCAAGUAGCUUCUGGGCUUUCACCUUAGUUGGACUGAGUUCAAAUCCCACUGUGCUACCUAGACUGUGUAAACCUAGGAAAGUGGCCUAACUUCUCUGAGCCUCUGGUUCCUUAUUGAUUAAAUGAAAAUAUUAUCGUGUUCUUCAUAUGGCUAUUAAGAAUUAGUUCUUAUGUAACACUCUAUAGGAUGGAUUGGCUAUAAGGCUAAUUACCAAUCAUGAGUCUUGAGACAGACACAGGGCUGAAUUUUGCUCUUACCAUAACUAGAUGUGUAUGUUUGAGCAAAAUACUUAACCUACAUAAGCCUACAAUACUGGGAGUGUUUCCUAGUCAUAGAAUACACUUAGCAUGUACCAAAUCUGAGGCAAACAGCUUCCUCCUAUGUAAAGUGGAAAAAAUACUAGUACCUGCUUUCUAGGGUUUAUACAAACUUAAAGUUAGAUGCUCAUAAGUAACUUGAUUCAGUGCCUAAUGUAGGAGCUUCACUCAAAUAUUAGAACAUUUGGAAGGGCUGGGAGGAUGGGGUGCCGGGAACAGGUGGCUAAUUGGAAAGGGCACCAAGAUAUCCUCAGUAAAGUAGUGGUGAGGGCAUCCCUAAGCACAGGCCUCACCAUUUGGGGCAGGUGGGUAUGACCAGAAGUGUCACCAAGCGUAGACACAGACUAGCUGGCUUCUGGCCAGCAAAAUGUGUUUCCCUUUGCCUGGAAACCGGGAGGAGUGGCUGAGGCACGGCAUGGAGGAGAGCGGUGCCACUAAAAAGUGGUGAGGAGUCUGCUCUGGACCUCUCUGGCUCCCCCAAAUGCUGGGGACCAGCUCCCCUGGGCUGAAGGAGACGACUGGGGAACCACCUGGGAAGAACACUUCACCGCUAAGGGCUUGAACAGGCCUUGGGUCCUUACUGCCUACUGAGAGCCUGGGGUUCGGCCCAGCCCUGGGACAAGAGGUGUGGACCAGCUCCCAGCAUGUACUCCUACAGCAGCCUGGCGCCCGGGGAAGGCAUCUGGCCUCCCCUGCAGCCCCUCCCCUAUGCCUACCUGACUGGCCCUCUGCUGCUGCCCCCCAUCCACGCUCACAGCUUCUGCAGCCGGCCCCCCGGCCUGAUCGCAGGUGAGUGGCCGGCUCCGCGGGAAUACCACUGCUUCCACGGCCCAGGCGCGCCCCUGGCGGCCGCGCCGCCCUCGUGGGCCUUCCCGCAGGCCUACGCCGCGGCCCUGCGCCCGCGUUUCCCCGCUCCAGGCUGCCUGGGGCCAUCGCUACGAGGGACCGCGGCGGAGGGGAGCGCGGCUGCCCGGCGCGAGGCCCCGUGGCCGGAGGGCGCCAGCCAGCAGGCCGAGCUGCGCUGGGGCCGCGUGGAGCGCGCGCUGGACCCGCGCCUCGAGCUGCCGGACCUAGUGCGCCGGGAGCUGCGGCGCGUGUACGGCACGUACCCGCGCACCGACGUGCGCGUCACCUACCGCGGCGGGCAGUUCCUGCUUCAGGCCGCGCCGCGCGUCCGCGAGCACGAGUACCGUGUGCGGAGGCGCGUGCUGCGGCCGCCCGCCAGCAGCGACAGCGGCGACAGCAGCCCGGCCGCGGAAGCGGCGGAGUGUGGCCGCCGGAGGGAGAGGAAAGGCCCGAGCUGAGGACGCCGCAGGGCCCGGCGGCCGGCCCCGUGAGCACGCGCGCGCCUCUCCCCUGCGCCCGCCGCCCCCGGCCCGCUAGUGGGGAGACCUCCGCGGCGCGCCGGCGCCGGUGCACCUGUCUGUCACCUCGCUUUUUGCUUUCGUUUUUUACCGAGCCUACUCGCCGCCCACCUGCUGCACUUCCCUAAUUUCCCUCGCGUUUUUGCUGGAUAGCGGGGGAAGGGCCAGAAGAGAUCCAGAACAUCUCGGGGCGGGUGUCCUGUUUCUCUUCCCUUCCACUCGGACUUGGGAAACGUGGGUGUGAGCUGGAAGAGGGGCGUGGGCCCUUUGUUUCGCCCGUCCCUCCUCCUCCGGGUCUUAGAAGCCUGCCCGGCACCAAGCCCCCACUUUCCCUUCCCCUCUCCUGCGUCUCACAGAGCUCCCCGAAUUGCCCAAGCUCCUCCCCCAAGCGGAGGGCCCACCUCUCGGCAGAUUGUAGUGAACAGUAAAUAAAUGAAGUCAAGUGUAUGCUUCGAGAUCACUUUUCUGUUUGAAGGGGUGGGGAUGGGAUGUUCCUCAUCUCUAUAAUGUGA